UCUCGAUUCGGAAGCUGCAGCUUCAAGCGCAAGCAUCCGUAAACGACGCCUAGUGUCGAACACCGCGCGCGCGCGGGCGCGCGCACUUCAGUGCCGCACUGCCGCCAGCCAGCCAGCCAGCCGUGUACCGAUCGGCUCGGACCCCGAACAAGGCCGUCGUGUCGCGUCGCGCGCGCGUGUCCGUCAGUCAGCGUUCGCGCACGAAUGUGACGGUACGGUCGGGUCGGUCGUCGUGGCGGGUUUUUACUCGGCGCCGCGCUCACGAGUCCCCGAGCUCGAGAGAGUCAGAGCUGACGUUUCCGCGCGAAGCGAGAGAGGAAGGAGAUCAAACGGCUCCGCUCCUCUCCCUCUCUUUCUCUUCCUUUCUCUCUCUCUCUCUCUCUCUCUCUCUCUCUUUCUUUUUCUCUCCGUCUCUUCUUCUUUCCUUCUUUCUCGUCAGUCUACGAGGACACGGGGCCAGGUAGCCCGAAAGCGUAUAGCCGGGCAUCCGCGACGACAGGGGCUGUGACCUGCUUCCGCGCUCUAUCCUCGCUGACAGUCCGACUGGCGGACGAACCGAAGCUGAAUGAGGCUGAUGGAACCCUUGGGUGUCGCCCAGGACAUCGUGGAGCCGGCUGCGUUAAAACGAUGGGCCGACUAUCCCAUCCAGCAUCGAUUCACGGACUAUUCCGAGUCGAUCAGAGAAACGGCACAUCACGCUAUAAGUCCCUUCCCUUGUCAACCGUCGCUUAACAACAAACUCGCACUAUGGACUGGAGAUAUCUCAAUAUUACAAGUAGACGCGAUAGUGAAUCCUACCAAUGAGACGAUGGACGAUAAUAGUCCUAUGUGCCAAAGAAUAUUUAGCCGAGCUGGUUCUGCGCUUAAGAUAGAAAUAUAUAAUGAAGUAAAAGAAUGCAGAACUGGCGAAGUAAGAGUGACACAGGGUCAUGGAUUACCUGCUCGUUUUAUUAUUCAUACUGUUGGACCAGUUUAUAACGUCAAGUAUCAAACAGCUGCGCAAAAUACAUUACAUUGUUGCUAUAGAAACGUCUUACAAAAGGCAAAAGAACUGGGAUUGCGCACCAUUGCUUUACCGGUAAUAAAUUCAGUGCGAAGAAAUUAUCCACCGGAUGCAGGAGCACAUAUAGCUCUUAGAACCGUACGCAGAUUCAUGGAGCAAUAUAGCGAUUCGUUAACAUGUAUUAUAUUUGUACUGGAGCCUUGCGACCUUGGAAUUUACGAAAUUCUUCUGCCACUUUAUUUUCCCCGAAAUCUGGCAGAGCAGGAUAACGCUUGCUGGCAAUUGCCGAAUGAUAUUGGUGGAACGGACGGGGAACCUCUACUCCCAGAUAGACAAAUCAGAAUUAUUGACAAUCCUCAGCACGCUUUGCACGGCGAUGAAACGGUGGAGCUUUCAGCACAAUUGGAGACUUCUGUAAAUAUUGGUGAACAUGCUUUUGCACAAAUGCAAGGUGAUUUGGAUCGCCAGAGACUUCUGGGAGAGAGACCUCCCGCCGAUCCACUAGCGGAUAUCAUGCUCAAGCAAAUGCAGCAAAAAGAAAGGUACGAAAGGCUCCUCAGGAGGGCGAAGACGGAGGACUUGACCGAGGUCUCGGGGAUUGGUUGUCUCUACCAGAGCGGCGUGGACCGACAAGGUCGACCGGUGGUGGUUUUCGUCGGCAAAUGGUUCCCCGCCUCGAAAAUCAAUCUAGAUAAGGCCUUGCUGUACCUGAUACAACUGUUGGAUCCCAUCGUGAAGGGUGACUACGUUAUCGCGUAUUUCCACACCCUUACAGCGAGCAGCAAUUACCCCAGUUUGCACUGGCUGCGCGAAGUCUACAAUGUGCUUCCCUACAAAUAUAAGAAGAAUUUAAAACAUUUCUACAUUAUCCAUCCUACCUUCUGGACCAAGAUGAUGACAUGGUGGUUCACAACCUUCAUGGCCCCAGCUAUUAAACAGAAGGUUCACAAUCUGCCCGGAGUGGAAUAUCUUUAUGAAGUUAUGUCGCCUGACCAACUUGAGAUUCCAGCAUAUAUCACGGAAUACGAUAUGACGAUAAAUGGCCUGAGGUAUUAUCAACCGGAACAGGUCUCGUCAUCGCCAUCAACGUCCACGUAACUCGCAGAAAAUCGAGAUGAAAGCAGCGAAGCGUCAAGAUCGAGGCCGGAUCGAAUAUUCCGCGCGUUCUUAUGGUUGACUGUUCAUAUUAUUACAGUGACAUCGGUGCGACAUUUAAGCGUGAGAGCCAUGCGCAUGAGAUUCGUGAUUGCCGGUAUAUCUCGCCGACUCUCGGCAAUGAUAAGGCGAAGAGCACGACGUUGUCUGGAUACGGUAACCCGCGUCUUCGAAAAGGUAAUCCGUCUCCGCAAUACCCCAAAGUCGAUUUGUCCAAGUGCCUCGUGAUGGAUCGCUUAUAGCAGGAGAAAGGAUAAAAAGGACGAUCGGCCCCCGCGCGAAUAUUGAUACGAAUAUUAAUACAAAAUCAAGAAACCACUGCCCGCCUGCUUUUGACGUUGAUCGGUUCUUUUUACUCGUAUACGCAUGCGGGUUUUACGUCCCCAAGAAAGUACGGAGAUAUAAAACUUGGUACUGGACAAUCCGCGUUAAGGUAGAUAAUCUCGAGAAAACUGGACCGACCAUGUGUACGUUACUGGAGAUGUACUGCUAAACAGCGUAUCCACCUCAUCCAGUAAUAGAGCUAACAAAUUACUAUUCGCUUAGAGCGAACAUCGGCUGCCAAAACAUCAAUAAUCAGUAUUUUCACCAUCGUCGUCAUCGUCAUCGUCGUCGCUCGCAAAACGAAAUCCGAAAGCUGAAUUAUUAAUCUUGCCCUUGUAUAUAUUACGUAAUUCGUGGCAGAUUCUUAGCUUAGUACUGCCUGCGAAAGCAGUAGAAUGGAUAAAGGGUGGUAUUUGACGACGCAUUAGAGUUAAACAUUGGCUUAAUACAGACCGUCGAUCGCUUUCUGUUAUUUUCUUAUAUCAAUCGUUGAAGAGCGCGAUUUGAUUAUUGUAUAUUGUCAAUAUUUUAUUAAGUCACAUCGUUGAUAAAGAGAUCGUGCUGCGCUGCCGCCGUCGCCGCCGUCGUAUAGUCGCGGUAUUUUCGAUAUACUAAUAAUAAAUCAUCUCUCUCUGCUACGAACAAAGAGCGGCUGGAUGUUUUACUGUGAUGUCAUGUCUUCGACGCUCAGCAGAUUUGAUUUAUUUUCAAACUCGGUCUCUUGUCUUACGGAGACGUCAACGCGAAAUAGGGAGUAGCGCUCGCGGAAUGUUAGUGUUGAGCGCCGAAGUCGUACGUACGGGACAGUCCUAGAUUAGAAAAAGCAAUAAAUUUAAGAGCUUGCUCGCGAUGUAUUUCGGGAGGCAACAAAAAAUCGUUAUCCCAGUUGUUAAGCAUUUUUAGCAGUUAAAAGAUAUAAAUUAAAGAAGUUAAAGAAAAAAGACCUGUUAAUCGCGUCGAUUAGCCCAUUUCUCACGUUCGCCAAAUAUCACGAGUAUUCCCUCCCCCCUUGCGACAAAUAUAGCGCCCUUCUCCCCAUCCCCUUUUUUGAUCUUUCGUCGAUUAGUUUUUAGCGCGAUAAAACGAAAAACGAUUCUGCGCUUAAAGCAGUCGCGGACGUGCUGAGAAGGCGCAAUGGGUUAAUUGACCAUGCUACCUCCGCCGAAGAUACGAUCGUCCGUGUGAUCGAAUGUAUAAGCGUUUAUACGGAUCGAGAUUUAAACAGUUAUGGAAUUUAAAAAAAAAAGUGCUAUUUAUAAUCGUCGUUGGUUGCAUUCAGAAAGCACAACCAAAUAGUACGAUCGUUGAGUUUUCUGAAUAUUGUUCGCAAAGACGAAGUAGUAUUUUCUCAUGUUAUCGUAUCUACAUAUGUCUAUGUUUUGCAAAGACUUUCAAUACGGUUCGCGCUGCGAAUAGUAAAAAAAAAAAUUAACCUCGUACUAUUCGGAGGGGCCAAUGGUAUCACGGAAUGAGACAAAAAAAGGCAAUUUUCCGUUUUUACGUUUAAUGACCUCACUGUCCGUCCCUGACAAUCGAGUUUAACAAGUAACGACAAGAUGCAACAUCAUUCGGAGAUCGUUGUUAUCUAUAUAUAUAUUUUAUAUUAGUGUCGUAUUAUCGUCGUUACUUUAUCAUUUAAAAUUUUAUUAAAAAAGAAAUCUAUUCGAACAAAUCCUGAAAUUAAAAAAUGUUAAAAAUUAAUUUUAAAUGUGGAUAAUUAUUUAUUGUUAUUCGGAUGAUAUAUUGUUAUCUUUGAGACAAGUUUAUAUACGUGACAAUGGGAUUUAAUUGACGGAUAUGAUUAAAAUAUUUAAUAUAUGUUAUGUAGCGAUUAUAUUAACUCAAUAUAUUAUAUACGUUAAACAACUGACAAUUGAAUCUAUGCUUAAAUCGACAAGUACUUAUUCGAAGAUUUAAGAGAUUCUUAUAAAAUUUUUUUAAGGUCCUACUCUAGUAGUCAAAUGAUAUUUUUAUCUGCUACAUGCAAAACAAUAUGUCUUAAACGAACGUUUAAAAUAUCAUUACGAAUUUGCACAGCAUUAUAUUUACUUCGUCACUUCUUUCUUUAUUGCUAAACUCGAUUUUCAAACGUUGACUCUUUCUGCAUUAUAUCAAGCAGAAGACUUACAUUGCAAACUUUUAUUUUAAUAUCUUUCUAUGACGUUCAUAUAUGAAAAUUUUAGAAAAGACACACAAAUGAAAAUAUACAAUAUAUAAUUAGAAAACAUAUUGUCUUGCUAAUUCAUAAUCGUGUAAUUCUGCUGAAGUGAUAACAUACACAUUGUGUCAAUUCUGAAUAUUUCAAUUUCGGACAAAUAAACCAACUAGACUAGGACCUUAACUUUUAUUUAAUCAGCUGGUAGUACCGCAUUUGAAAUACACGCGAAUGUAUGUGUGUGAAAUGUGUGUACGAGUUCGUUUUUCGCACCACGAGUCAAAGUGUUUUUUUCCACAAGAGAUAAUUGGAUUCCUAUUUUAUUUUCGAAUAUUUUCGCUUCUAACAUAAUUCAAUGUGUUUGACAGUAAAGAAAUAGGAUGUUUAAAUCUUAUUGUUAGCUCUUUAUUACGAUAGUUAAUGCUGCUGUUUUCACACGAAACUAUAUAUCUAUUCUUCAAUUUUUUUCUACAAACUGAAUUAGUAAUACUAAAUUUUAACUUAUUGCAAUAGUUUCACUCAAACGUAAGAAUUAUAUCGGUUUUAAAUUCUUACGUUAUGAUUUAAAUUUUAAAUCACGUCAAAAUCAUGUAUAUAACUGCGAUCAAUAAUAAAAAAACAACCAUGAUCGUGUGUGUGGAGAUGAUGCUUUGUUAUCGUGCGCGUGUUAUCAUGAUUAAAAAGAAUGUGAGAGAAGAUUGUUCAAAAUACUAAUCAUACAUUAUUGAAUUUGUUUCAGACCUAGAAAAAGUACUGAAACAAAAAAAAAAAAGAAUCAAUCUUGUAAUUAUUAAUUAUGCUAAGCUUAGUUAUUUUUUUUACAUAGGAAUUAGUGAUAUCUCGUAUAGUUAUGUUUAGGUAAUAAAUGAGAUGUAAUUUUGUUAACUUUACCACGCGGUUCUUUAUAGUUUGUAUUUAAGAAUAGAUUAUUAUCGAGAUGUGACAAAUCCUGUGCGGUUUAUCGUUUAUUAUUUCUCUCGAUGUCGAUGCACUUCUUUGUUGUAUCCUUUUUUAUAGAGUAUAAUAAACGUAUUUUAUUUCGAUAAAA